UUUGCAGAGCGGGACGGCGCGGCUUUGUCCGUAAAGAUGCCACAGAGGAGCAGUGAUAGCAGGAGGGCUUAGCUGUCAUAGCAUCGCCUUUAGAAAUAAUAAUAAUAAAACUGUCCACUCAUCCAUCUGUAGGGAAGACAUGUUUUUUGCUGUUCAGGAGGAGGAUGCUUUCUCUGGCGUCAUUUCACGUUUAUAAUAUGUAGCGGAAUCGACGUGUGCGGGGUGGGAAGCUCCGAAAGCUCGUCCGUGGACGGAAGAGACGUUUCCCUUUGCGUUGAAGUUGCGCGAGAAGGUGGAGAUGGCAGCAGGAAGCGAGCGCGUCCUCCGGAGCUGUCCGUGGUGCUGAAGCCGCCAGUCCGCUCCGACCUUCCCCGGCUCGACAGCGCGCGCGCACGGAACAAGCUGCUGGGCUGCACUCGAGUCAGCCAGCGUCAACACCUCGUUCAUGGCUGUGGCACGGAAAAUCAAAACUUUGCUGACCGUCAACAUCCUGGUGUUCGUGGGGAUUAUCCUGUUCUCGGUGUACUGCAGGAUCCAGGACCGAUCCGAGGAGCUCCUCCAGAUGGGGAGGAUUUCCGAGCAGAGGUUGCGAGCCAGGAAUGGAAAAGUUUCCAACUUAGUGGACAGACAGUCCAUUCUUCAGCGGCUGGAGAGGCUGGAGGACGUGGUCUACAAUCAGCUGAACGGUCUGGCGAAGCCCAUGGGGUUGGUGGAGGGGCCCGGAGGCCUCGGCCAGGGGGGGGCUCCCGCCGCUCUGGGAGAGGACAGUCACGAUUCCGAGGGGAAGUAUGAGGAGUACGGCUACAACGCUCAGCUCAGCGAUCGCAUCUCUCUUGACAGGAGCAUCCCCGACUACAGACCCAAAAAGUGUAAGCUGCUGACGUACCCAGAGGACCUCCCUCAGAUCUCUGUGGUCUUCAUCUUUGUGAACGAGGCGCUGUCGGUGAUCCUGCGCUCCGUCCACAGCGUGGUCAACCACACUCCAGCACACCUGCUGAAGGAGAUCAUCCUGGUGGACGACAACAGUGACAGCGUCGAGCUGAAAUUCAACUUGGACCAGUACGUGAACAAACGCUACCCGGGCCUGGUUAAGAUUGUCAGGAACAGCAAGCGUGAGGGUCUGAUCCGGGCCAGGAUCCACGGCUGGAACGCGGCCACUGCUCCUGUUGUCGGUUUCUUCGACGCUCACGUGGAGUUCAACACUGGCUGGGCUGAACCUAUCCUCACUCGGAUAAAGGAGGAUCACACCCGCAUUAUCCUGCCUGCUAUCGACAACAUCAAAUACAACACCUUUGAGGUCCAGCAGUACGCCAACGCUGCCCACGGCUACAACUGGGGAUUGUGGUGCAUGUACAUCAUCCCGCCACAGGAGUGGCUAGACAAGGGCGAUGAGACCGCCCCGAUCAGAACCCCCGCUAUGAUUGGCUGCUCCUUCGUGGUGGAUCGGGAAUACUUUGGCGAGAUUGGCCUGCUGGAUCCCGGCAUGGAAGUCUACGGAGGCGAAAACAUAGAGCUGGGCAUGAGGGUGUGGCAGUGUGGAGGGAGCAUGGAGGUCCUGCCGUGUGCCAGAGUUGCCCACAUCGAGCGCACCAAGAAACCCUACAACAACGACAUCGAUUACUAUGCCAAACGCAAUGCUUUGCGGGCCGCCGAGGUGUGGAUGGAUGAAUACAAAUCCCACGUCUACAUGGCCUGGAACAUUCCCAUCAAUAACCCAGGUGUUGAUUUUGGAGAUGUCUCUGAGCGCCUGGCCCUGAGGAAAAGACUGCAGUGCCGCAGCUUCCGUUGGUACCUCGAACACGUCUACCCAGAGAUGCGAGUCUACAACAACACCAUCACCUACGGCGAGGUGAGGAAUGGAAAGGCCAGCGGAUACUGCCUGGACCAAGGCUCAGAGGACGAUGACAAAGCCAUUCUCUAUCCCUGUCACGGCAUGUCCUCGCAGCUCGCCCGAUACUCUACAGAUGGCCUGCUCCAGCUUGGACCCCUGGGGUCAACCACCUUUCUGCCCGACACAAAAUGCCUCAUUGACGAUGGCAGAGGCCGAAUGCCCAGUCUGAAAAAAUGUGACGCCGUCUCAAGGGUUUCCCAAAGGCUUUGGGACUUCACGCAGAAUGGACCAAUAAUCAACAGAGACACCGGCCGAUGCUUGGAGGUGGAGAUGUCUAAAGACGCCAACUUUGGCCUUCGUUUGGUGGUCCAGAGGUGUUCUGGUCAGAAGUGGCUGAUCCGAAACUGGAUUAAGCAUCCAAGACACUGAAGAAGAAAACAAUGAAACUUUGAGAAACAUUUUUUGGCAACGUCGAGUAGCAGUUGGCUUUCAAAAAUGUGAGGCGUUCGGGGACAAGCGGGGACUGAUGGUGCUUCUGUAGCAUGUGUGAUAUUUCACACUGCAGACCACACACAGCACACUUGGCUGCCCUCCGGCAUCAGCGCUUUCCCAAGAAUACGAUCAAUUCUUUUAUUUCACCGAGCUGCGCUUUCACACGACCAUAGGGUAAGCCGCACUCUCUGAAAUAGCCUGUUUUUGACAUUCUGUAAAUCUAUAGAGCACAUCAACUUAGUGCAGCAAAUAACAUUUUUCUGUUAUUUCUACGAUAAAACUCUCCAAUCUUUGGGCGUUGUUGGUUUCUACUGAACUUUUUUCUUUUUUUUCCGGAUGGACAAAUACCGAUGCAGUGCCCCAGCAAGAGAUGUAAUGGGCUUUGAAAGGACUCGUCAUUAUUGAAUCAAGAGGCAUUUGACCUCCACUCACACAAGCCACUUCACUUCUUUGUUUCUUUGGGAGUGCUCACUGAGGACUAGAGCAACCAUGUGCCUUUUUCUUUACGUCUUUAUUUUCUUUUUUUUUUAAGCUUCAUCUGACCAGGGAAUGUCAGCCCGAAAGCAUGUACAAAAUUAUUUGAAGUUUAAAUUAUAAAACUGUGUAAAAAUAGUAAUAUAUUGAAAAAAAAAGGUGGAACAUUCAUACCUGUCCUCUGUUAACAAUUAGGAAAUUAAAAGAAUUUUUAUGAGGA